UGUUUUUUAACACCCCCCAAAAAAAAACUUUUAUUUUAACACCUCCCAAAAAUAUAAAAGUUGGAAGUUAACACCAGUUAACGAUUUCCGUCACGGAAAUUUAACGUGGGUCCCACAAAUUGGCUUGAACUUCAAUUUUCACCCAGCAAAACACGAAACUUCUUUCUUCAUUGAAUUCGCAGCAACCUUCUGCAUUGAAUUCUUUCUGAACCUUCAUUGAUUUCGCUUUUGAACCAAAGGAGAUCUUGGCUGAGAAGUGGAGUGUAGGGUGGUGUCAACGUUGGAGAAGAUAAGCUCAGGAGGGUUUCUUCAUCAUCUUCUUCAACUACAAAAGUGCGAAAGCCGCUUGAAAUUCACAGAAAAUAAGGUAAAAUUGCUCUCCUUUGAUAGCAAUUUCGUCAAUUACUGGUGCUUCAUUGCUGUAAACCUUGCAAUAAUUGGGUAAUUAGGGUAAAUUUUGGGACCACAGUAGGAAAGCCUUGAUAAAUCAAUUUCUGUAACUGACUAUGCGACUUAGGUUAAUUGGAUUUCGUAAUUGAAAGUAGAGAUUAAUUAAGGUGGUUUAUUGUUAAUUAAACUAGCAAGUGUGGUUUGUUGAUUAAUUUAUGUUACUGAGCACCUACAUUGGCUUGUAUAUGUUUAUUUUCAAUUUUUUUAUGUGUUUGUUUGUGUGGCUGUGAUGGAUUUGUUUAUUCGUAUUGUGCAUGUAUAGUUACAUGGCUUUUAAUAUGUUUUAUAUGUUUUUCACUGGUGGGUAGAUAAUGGGUGACAAGGAUAGUUUGGUUGACAUCUGCCUUAGAGUGGGAGGUGCUUUUGUCCCUAAAAGAGUAACCAAAAACUUAGUGCCAUAUGUGAGGCAUGUUCUGGGGAGGAUAGACUUUGUGGCUAGGUCCUGUGUGGUGCAGCCAUCCAGAGGGAAUACAUUUGAGGUGCAGCUGAAGGAUGACCAGGUGUUGGUUGAUUUGGACAAGGAGACCUGCACAUGUUACCAUUGGGAACUCACUGGCAUUCCAUGUGUUCAUGCUUAUGCCUGCAUAUUGGAUAUGAGGGGUGACAUAGAGGCUGUUGUUGACCCAUACUAUACCAUGGACACAUACAGGUCUGCUUAUGAACCAGCUGUCCAACCAAUGCCUGGCCCAAAGCACUGGGAGAGAGUCAGAAUGAGGGAACCACUACCCCCUUCUGUUAAGGUGCAACCUGGGAGACCAAAGAGCAAAAAAAGGAAGCUUGAGCCAGGAGAAUGUUCUUCUUCAGGUGGUCAGGCAAGUACCAAGAGGAAGAAGCAAUGCAGCAACUGUGGGGGAUAUAGGCAUUAUGCCAAGACUUGCAAAGUACCUGCUGCACCAGCUACAGAGCUGAUAAAGUCAGCAGGCAGACCCCCACUGAACACUCCUUGGAUGGUGGAGGAGAGGAAGAAGAAAGAGAUUAGGGCUGCUAAAAAGAGUGCAAUUGGGGCUGGACCAAACAGCAUAGGAAACAAAAAGUUUCCUCAAGAGCAAGAAGGUUGUCUGCCAUUCAGCAAGCGCCCACAGCCACAGUCUUCCUCAGCUAAGCAUUCCUCAGCUCAGCCAUCCUCUAGUCAGCCAUCCUCAGCUCAGCCUUCCUCAAGUCAGCCUGCCUCAAGCCAACCAAAAAGAAAGACAAGGUCUUCCUCAAGUCAGCCUACAACAGCCACAGGUGUUGUAACAAGGGCCAGGCUGCAAUCCCUCAACAACCUUACUCAGUGAUGUACUCAUGCUGGAUAUCAAACAUUAUGUCUGUUGAACAAUUUCAAACUUUUAUUAUGUACUCAUGACUGGUUAUGUAACUUGCUAGUUUUUUAGUGGCUUCCCUUAACAAAUUUGAACAAUUAGAUAUUGAAUUGUAAUGGUUGCAUGGCUUUGAUUGCCAUUGAAACAUGUUGAAGUAA